AUGAUUGUAGUCCUCAUGUCAGGGAGGAACGCGACAACAAGUUCCUGAAACAAACAUGAUAACUCCUAAAUACCCAAACUCCGAAAGUUUAGCCUGGACAGUUGGAUGAUAAAGCGGUGAAAUCAUGGAGCACAUCAUAACACCAAAGGUGGAGAACGUGAAACUACUGAACAGGUACACUGAAAAGAAGUCAGCUCUGGGCACUCUUUACUUGACUGCGACUCAUCUUAUCUAUGUGGAACAAACCAGCAACACACGCAAAGAAACAUGGGUGCUUCAUCAUCACAUCACGUCAGUGGAGAAACUUCUGUUAACUGCGUCUGGUUGUCCACUCUUGAUCCACUGUAAAACCUUCCAGCUUCUGCAUCUGCUGUUUCAAAAAGAGAGGGAUUGUCAGGAUGUCUAUCAGUCACUUCUACGCCUUUCUCAACCUGUCAAAGAAGAGGAGCUUUAUGCCUUUCUCUAUAACCCACAUCAGAAUGAGGAAGACCGCAGAAGGGGUUGGGAGUUGAUCAGUGUGGUGAAUGACUUCAACAGGAUGGGCCUCUCCAAUGAUUAUUGGGAAAUUAGCCAUAUCAACAAAAACUUUGAGAUGUGUAGCACUUAUCCAUCUAUCCUAGGACUCCCUAAAAGUGCCAGUGUUGCUACGGUAACAGGCAGUGCCAAAUUUAGGAGCCGAGGGCGUUUGCCUGUUCUGUCUUACUAUCACAAAGAUACAAAGGCUGCGAUCUGUCGCUGCAGUCAGCCUUUGUCGGGUUUGAACUCCCGCUGUGUGGAAGACGAGCAGAUGCUUCAGGCCAUCAGCCAAGCCAAUCCAAACUCUCCUUUUAUAUAUGUAGUAGACACACGGCCCAAGUUGAACGCAAUGGCGAACCGUGCAGCUGGUAAAGGCUAUGAGAAUGAGGACAAUUACUCCAAUAUCAGGUUCCAGUUUCAGGGAAUUGAAAACAUCCAUGUCAUGAGAAGCAGCCUGCAAAAACUGCUGGAGGUUUGUUCUAUGAAGUCUCCCUCUAUGAGUGACUAUCUGACAGGACUGGAGAACUCUGGCUGGUUGAGACACAUCAAAUCUGUGAUGGAUGCAGGCGUCUUCCUCGCCAAGGCUGUGUGUGAAGAGAGAGCGAGUGUGUUAGUACACUGUUCUGAUGGUUGGGACAGAACAGCUCAGGUUUGCUCUCUGGCUUGCCUACUGCUGGAUCCAUACUACAGAACUAUUAAAGGCCUCAUGGUUUUAAUAGAGAAAGAGUGGAUUUCUUUUGGUCAUAAAUUCAGUCACAGGUGUGGCCAUCUGGACAGCGACCCAAAGGAAGUGUCCCCGGUGUUCACCCAGUUCCUGGAGUGCAUCUGGCAGCUGUCACAACAAUUCCCCUGUGUGUUUGAGUUCAACGAACAUUACCUGAUAGAAAUACAUGACCAAGUCUACGCCUGCCAGUACGGAAACUUCAUCGGCAACUGUCAGAAGGAGAGGCUUGACAUGAGGUUGCAUGAAAAAACCUUUUCCUUGUGGCCACAUCUUCUGGAAAACCAGCAUCAGUAUCGAAACCCUUUGUACCGGCGUUCAUUAGAAAGCACCAUUCUGAGACCCAGCACUUUACCACUACACUUCAAGUUCUGGUGUGGGAUGUAUAACCACUAUGACAGAGGAAUGCACCCAAGACAGUCUGUUCUAGACACGCUGCUGGCUCUCACACAGAGGCAGGUAGAAGGAGAGAGAACCAUGACGGAAUUACAGCGACAGCUGGCUGUUGCAGAUGGAGUUCUGCCUGAUCCAGCUGGACCAAUCAACACACAUGCAGACCAGAAUAACCAAAGUGAGAAGAUGCCUGCUCCUCCAGUCGUCCAAUCAAACGGAAGCUGUGCUCCUUUGAUCAAUGGCAACGUGAAGGAGGUGGGGCCAGGAGCUGAAAACUCCAAUCAGGAAGACAAGGAGGAGCCAGCUGCCAAAGAACACGGUCUGUCCUCUAAAGACAGACCUGUUUCUGUGGAAACAGAACAUUCCAAAGAGGAGGUACAGGAAUCCUCUUGAGUCGCCAUAGUGUUAGCACAUCAGAACUGAAAUGCCAAAGAACAAAUGAAAGCAUGCAUAAAGUUGUGUUCCCACAACAGAAGCCAUCUUAAUAGAAAAAAAACAAUCAUUUAAACUGCAGUGUUCCUCUGCACACCAUGUUGUGAUGGUGUACUGAGGUUUAUAUCACUGUGUGGAUUGUUUUAUCCAGUUAUAUCUGUUCUGAACAUUGUCAAAAUGUUAAAAACAUGUUUGUGGCAUGAUGAUCAAAAGCUAGGUGCUUUGAUCACAGGCAAUAAUAAUCAUCUAUGUUUUGUUUAAAUGCCAUUUGGAUCAUAUUUCAUCUUGUUUCACUGGAAAAAAACACAAAAUGUCACAGGAAAACAAAAUGUAUUGUACAUUUGAAAACCUGAAACAGAUUUAUUCAGAUGCAUAGGCGUCUGAUCAGAGAAUCAGCUUGAUAAAAAAAACACUGUUAGAAAAUGGAUCAAAUUAUUAUUAUUAUUUUUGCAUAAAGGGAAUGUUAUUGUUUUGCUUGAGAGUGCCAGUGAGCUGUUCAUUUUGAAUAAAAGGGAAUACAGCUUUUUUUUUAAUUUGAUAGACAUGGACAAUAAAUAAUUGUCAGUUUAGCGAAGCCUUUUACAUAUAUUGUUUUUCAGAACAAAAUUUUUAAUGAUGUCUACUGAACUUGUAAUAUGAGUGUAUUGCUAAUGCAUAUGGACAUAAAUGUACCAGUUUUAGGUCUAGACCAGAGUUUGAGUUCUAAUGUGAGAUGAAAAUCAAUGUGUUUAAAAUGCUUCAUUCAUGAGAAGUGUUGGUUUACAUUAUUUUUUUAUUAAACUAAAGGAAAAACUUGUUUUCUGUUGAAUAAAUGCUUAGCAAUACACAAAAGGGAAUUCUAAAAUAUGCAAUGAGAGUAACCCAUUGAAAGUAACAGACUGUGGUGAGAUACAUCUGUUGUUUUUCAAACUGUAAAGUUUUGAUUUGUGUAAUAAUUUCUACACGUAAUCAUUUUAUACACUGUUUUGAUCAUUGCACUGUUUUGUAUCUUUUUGUACACCAUUCAAUUCAA